AUGGAAAUGCUGUCAAUUGAAAGUCACACCGGGACCACAAAGUCAAUUACACAACAGCUUCGUUUUCUCAUUACACUUCAUUCGCUGUGCCAUUCGCAACAACAGUCAACUAUGAACUGCGAAAAAACAAAAAAUAUUUUUAAAUGGAAAUUCUUCCUCCUUUUGUUUAAUCUCAUCCAACACUCAAGAUCAAGAGAAAUAGCAUUGAGUAGUAAAUUAAAUAAGUUAACAUGUUAA